AGAGGUGGAAGCUUUGACGAAAUGAAUGUAGGGUUUAAGCUUGGGAGAGUGGGGGCAUGGAGGUUUGAAGUUUGCAGGCAAGUGUGUAAACUGCACCUCUUCUGCUCUGAACAAUGGCUUAUGGUCCUUUCUCUCUUCUACUAACCAGACGCUUCUCUCUCUCUUCUUCCAUAAACCCUAAACUUUCAAUCUCACUCCUUCACCUUCUCAGCAAACCUUUUUCUACCUCUUCAGACUCUGCCUCCACCACCAACCCCAAACUUUCUUCACUUUCCGCGCGCCUCAGCUUUGUCUUUGACCAAAUCGAUGCCAUCGAAAAAGAGCGCUCCCAAAAGCACGAAACGCUUCAGCGCAUUCGAGCCUGGCGCGAAUCCAAAAUCACUCAACCCCCUCAAAACGAAGCUCAAUCGGAAUCGCCAGUUUCCGCCGAUGAAAAUCCUAUCCCUUCGGAGCCGAUGAAGAAGGAGGUGGAGUUGGUGCACCCGUGGCCGGAGUGGAUCCAAUUGAUGGAGAGGCUGGUGCACCAGAAUUACUUCGACCACAAGAGGAGCGAUGAGGAUAAAUUAGUCCACGACUUAGGGUUCAAUUCCCCCGAGGUUGCGGAUGAUGACGUUGCUGGAUUUGAUCUCACUAAGGAUUUUAAGAGCGUUCACGCGGCGUGUCUCAAUUUUGGGAAAGACCGUUUCGAUAUAUUGAGGUCCUUGUCGAGGAAGGAUAUUCAAGUUUUGGUUGGUUUUGGAUGCCCCACUGUGGACAAAAAGGUGGUUUUCUCUGCGAAACUGUUAAGGAAGCAUGCUCACCUUGAUGAAGGAGAUGUCUGUAGUUCCUGCAGCUUGAGAAACAACUGUGAACGGGCAUAUCUGCUAACGAACAAAGAGGAUGAGGCACGGACUAUUGAUGUCAUGCGGAUGCUACUGACUUUUGGUUUUGAUCCUGUUAAUGGAUCAGUCCUCAACAAGUCACUUCUAAAGCAGAAGUCUGUCAAAACAGUGAUUCGUAAAUUGCUUCAUGAGGUUGUCAAGCUUAGUUCAGUUCCCAUUGAUCCAAAUCUCCCUCCUCCUGUGAUUAAAAAGCCUCCACCAAAACCAAAACAACCUCCCCCUCCUCCAAAGAGACGCAUUGGACGGGAUGAUGUCGAGAUGAAAAAAGGGGACUGGCUAUGUCCUAAGUGUGAAUUCAUGAAUUUUGCCAAAAAUACUGUUUGCUUACAAUGCGAUGCCAAGCGUCCUAAGAGACAGUUGCUGCCAGGAGAAUGGGAGUGUCCUGAGUGCAACUUCUUGAAUUACAGGAGGAACAUGGUAUGCUUUCAUUGCGAGUGUAAACGCCCACCUGAUGAAUUUCUGGAGAAUAAAAUGCAAGAUAGAAAACAGAGUUCCAAACCUAAGUUAGAUAAGAUGGGCAGCCGGCAAGAGGUUUCCAAUGCCUGGAAUUUUGACUUUGAUGACAAUGAAUCAGAUGGUGCAGAUGUUGCUGCUUUUGAGUAUGCUGAUACGCAUGCUAUAGAUGAAGAUUUUCCUUCAGAUAACCUUGCCCCACAUAGAAAUCACAAGGAGUGGGAAGAUGAUUUUGAGAAGAAAAACAGAGCGCAAGGGUCCCCCGGUGGAGAAUAUACUAAUCCUGGUCUUUCUAGACCUAGAAUAGGGUUUGAUGAUUUUGAGGAUGAGGAUGAGGAUGAUAUAGAUUGUUAUGAAUUAGAAACUCAAACUCAAAAUAGUAUUACAAGAAUGGAAGCAUCUAAAAACAAUUUUUCAGAAGCUGAAGACUCUUCAGAGUUGGAAGAUAUUGAAGAUACUAAUGAUAAAAUGUAUGCUCGUAAUAAAACAGCUUCUGGAAGAAGUGUACGAUCCCGUUCAAUUCGCAAGAAUACCUCUUUCUCUGGAUCCAGGGAUGAUGAACUUGAUUUUGGUACAGAUGAACGGUCCAUUCUUUCCAAUUUCAAAUCUGACCAUGUUUCUGCUGCUGAUGGAAAAAGAAAAGGCAGAGGUCCAACCAAGAAAUUAAGCUUUGGUUCUGAAUCUGAUGAAGACCUUGAUGCUGGAUUAUACUCAGACGAGGAUGAUGACUUAAAUGAGGCAUAUUCAUUCAGAAAAAAUAAAGGGAAUAAAAGUGAUCUAUCCAGACAAAAUAAGGGAAAUAGACAUGUUUCUGGCAGAAGGAACUUUACCAAAGACAGAAAGUUGGGAUCUGUUGGUGGUCGCAAUGCAAAUAUGUUCAGGGAUGAUUUUGAUAGAUCAUCCCGGCAGUCUUAUAGGAAUGGUAGGGGUUCUCAGAGGAAUGACCAUAAUUGGAAGGGUUUUGAAGAUUUUGAUGGAUCAUCCCGGAAGUCUUAUAGGAAUGGUAGGGGGUCUCAGAGGAAUGACCGUAAUUGGAAGGGUUUUGAAGAUUUUGAUGGAUCAUCUCGAAGAUCUUAUGGUAAUGGCAGAGGGUCCCAAGGUAACACCCGUACUGGAUCAUAUCAACAGUCUUAUGGGAAUGGUAGAGGGUCUCGAGCAAAUGACCAUAAUAAAUAUAGUACGGAUGAAAAUGGUUUUGGUGAAUUUAGAAACAGUAGGCGUGUAAUUGAAAGAUAGCACCAUAGCUCCAUGAACGAAUAUUGGUUGCUCGGUUUGUUGUCGCACAUAACUAUUGUUGAUUGCCAAACCAAAAUGUGGCACCAGCCUCUAAAGGGUUCGGUAUUUAUGAGAUCAUUUGAUGUUAGUUUUGCGGAAAUGACUGGAAAGCUUAAUUAAACCUUGGAGAUUUUCCCCCCUCUAACGUACCUAUGCCUAGUCAUUUAAAUAAAUAAAUAAAAAGUAACGGUUCUUGUGAAUUGACUAUAAAUAUUCAGUUAGGCGACGAUGUUAUGUCUUCUUAAUGCUAUCAAGGUCAACCUGCCAUGUAAGUGGCUGGGCUCUACCAUACUAGGUUCAUCCAAUGUAUGGGCCGCGAAUAUCAGCGAUAUCUCUCUUAUUCAAAUACUCGUCCCGCCGAUUGCAGGGUCUACUUUCUUAGUAAGUUCUCAAAAACAAUACUGUUUGUAUAAAGUAUGCCUUUUCGAGAAUCACCCGUACAAUUGUGCGGGAUAAUGAAUACCAAAGUUGUUUAGGUAAUAUUACCAACGGUUUAAGUAGUUUCACUUUUACUUUUGUUAUUGCAGCUUAAUAUUCUCAAUUUUUAAUCCGCUAAGUAAUUAAUAUAUCUUUCAUUGUAUUUUUUUCAACAAAAUUGCUCAGGGUAUAUCAAGCAUGAAAGGGAGGGGGAGGGGGGGGGAGAGAGAGAGAGAGAGAGAAAGUUACAAAGGAAACAAAAAUGAUCAUUUGCAGAAUGUUCUCUCUUAAAUUUCUAUCCUAAAAAAGCAUACAAGGGCAGCAUCCAAAGUUGCCCCUCCAACCAAGGACUCUAAAAAGUACACAGGUCAAGAAGGCAGGGGAUAAGCUCGGAGACCAGUGCAAAUAGAACAAAGGAGUCCCUUUCAAUGCUGUUACUACUAACGCGAUUCCUUUUAUAUAGAACUUUUUUUUCAAUUAAUUUUAUAAGCGUUACCCCUUCCAUUU